AUGUGUAUUUUAUUUGCGACUAGAGCUCAUCCAGAUUAUAAGCUCAUACUGCUAUCGAAUCGUGAUGAAUUCUUUGAACGGAAGACACACGCUACUUGCUGGAAUCAUGAUGGUUUUAUAUUAUCUCCAUAUGACAUGGCUAUAGAGAAGAAGGGUCAAGGCUAUGGUACGUGGCUAGGGAUUAAUCGACGCGGAAGAAUAGCUGUCAUAUUAAAUUUGAAGAUCGAUUCACCACUGGAUUCUGAAUCUGUAUUGGUGAAUGGAGAACCAAGAUCAAGAGGUAUAGUUCCCUUGCAGUUUUUGCAACAAGAAGAUAACGCACCUUUUGAUAAUUGGGACUCUUGGGAAAAAUUCAAUGGUCAGCAUGGGAACUUGAGACGAACUGGCCCGUUCACGUUGUUUUAUGGCGAUGCGAAGUCGGACGAGUAUAACGUAAUCGACUACUUAAAGCAUUCCACUAAUCCGUUUGAAAAGAUGGAGCAUAUGGUGAUAUCCAACGACAUUUUCCACUGUGCUGUAGGUGAACACACAAGUAGAUGGAAUAAGACGGAAUAUGGGUACGUUUUACUUGAUGCGUUGGCGAAAAAUACUACGGGCAUUGCCAAGGAAGAACUAUUGCAGAAAUGUUUUGAACUUUUAUCAAACCAUACGUUUAAUGAGGGCGAAGAUGUGGAUUCUGUGACGACUUCCAGUAUUUAUGUACCGCCUUUAAGAAUUACUAAAGGUGCAGACGCUAUUGGAACUUCAUUGCCAAUAGGCGAUUACUAUGGAACUAGAUCCCAGAUUGUCAUACUUGUCGACAAAGAUAACAGAGUUACGUACGAGGAGCAUGUGAUUUAUGAAAGUGAUGAGGAUUGUGAAACAUACUCUUUCAUGGAUCCAAAAGAGGUAAUUCAGUUCCAGUUCAAUAUGGAAAGCUGA